GGCGGCUGGAGCGGCGGCGGCGGCGGCGGGACCGGGCACCAUGGGUGUGAUAGGUGUACAGUUGGUGGUUACCAUGGUAAUGGCUAGUGUCAUACAGAAGAUCAUACCUCACUAUUCUCUUGCUCGUUGGCUUCUCUGUAGUGGCAGUUUACGAUGGUAUCAGCAUCCUACUGAAGAGGAACUACGGAUUCUUGCAGGGAAACAAAGAGGGAAGAGCAAAAAAGAUAGAAAAUAUAAUGGUCAUAUUGAGAACAAACCCCUAACUAUUCCAAAAGACAUCGAUCUUCACCUGGAAACAAAAUCUGUGACUGAAAGGGACACUAUCGCAUUACAUUAUUUUCCGGAAUAUCAGUGGUUGGUGGAUUUUACCGUUGCAGCUACAGUUGUGUAUGUCGUGACAGAAGCCUAUUACAGUAUCGUGAAGCCCUCACAAGAAAUGAAUAUCAGCGUGGUAUGGUGUCUGCUUGUCUUGGCUUUUGCACUUAAGGUACUGUUUUCGUUGACUACCCAUUAUUUCAAAGUAGAGGAUGGAGGUGAAAGAUCAGUCUGUGUCACCUUUGGAUUUUUCUUCGUGAAAGCAAUGGCAAUUCUCAUUGUGACGGAAAAGUAUCUGGAGUUUGGACUGGAAUCAGGAUUCUCAAAUUUCUCAGAAAGUGCUAUGCAGUUUCUGGAAAAGCAGGGUUUGGAGUCCCAGGGUCCUGUGUCUAAACUAACCUUCAAAUUGUUCCUGGCUGUUCUGUGUUCACUUAUUGGUGCUUUUUUGACAUUCCCUGGCUUGCGACUGGCUCAAAUGCAUCUGGAUGCUCUGAAUUUAGCAACAGAAAAAAUAACACAAACAUUGCUACAUAUAAACUUCCUGGCACCUUUAUUUAUGGUUCUGCUGUGGGUAAAACCAAUCACUAAGGACUACAUUAUGAACCCACCUUUGGGCAAAGAGAGCAUCCCUUUAAUGUCAGAAGAUACAUUUGAUACUGUGAGGUUGUGGAUUAUAAUCCUGUUGUGUGCUUUACGGUUGGCUAUGAUGCGUCAUCAUUUACAGGCCUAUCUGAAUUUAGCCCAGAAAAGUGUGGAUCAGAUGAAAAAGGAAGCUGGCAGAAUAAGCGUGGUUGAUUUACAGAAAAUGGUGGCUCGUGUGUUCUAUUAUCUUUGUGUAAUUGCAUUGCAGUACGUUGCACCAUUGGUAAUGCUCCUUCACACAACUCUGCUCUUGAAAACACUAGGUAAUUAUUCUUGGGUCAUCUACCCAGAAUUGAAUUCUGACACUCCAGUAGAAAACAGUCUGCUUCCCAGUUCAGUUUAUUCUGAGUCUCCACCUGCUGAUGGAAAGAUGAAAGUAACUGUAGUACAAAUAACAAUGGCUUUGGGAAGCCUGAAGAAUAUUUUCACUCCUCUGCUGUUCCGAGGUCUCCUGUCUUUCCUCACCUGGUGGAUUGCUGCUUGCCUCUUUUCUACAAGCCUUUUUGGGCUUUUCUAUCACCAGUACCUGACUGUGGCGUGAACAGGUCAACUGACAACACAAGUGUGAGAUCAAAUGCUAGACACAAACCCAGGUACCCAGGAGGAGAUGAAGAGAAAAGAAGAAAACUAUAUAGGAAGAGAAAACAUAUCAGAAUUUUUUUUAAACACUUCCUCUGUGUUCUCAGGGUGAAUAUUCUUAUAAUGUUUAAAAUCACAACUGGGUUUGUUAUUUUUGUUACGCAGAUGGUAGGUAACUAAUUGAAUUAUAGUAUCAGGACUGACUGAUGUUAUUGUGUGGCAGGUGGUGGAGAGCAUGCUGAAAUGAUACGACCUUUGAGUAUCUUCGUUUUCAUAAACAGCAAGCCGACCUCAAAACUUUGUGUUUUAAGCAUCAACAGUCAGUGACUGAACUGUGUUAGAAGGGUACUGGUUAUAGUGAUGGUGGCUGCCUAUCGAUUAAAUCUUGAAUCUGAGCCAUAGAAGGAGAGAGGGGAUGUAAAAAAAAAUUCUGUUGGAUAGCUAUAGAUCACUUUUCUCCAUGAAAAAUGAAAUAAUCCAACAGGACAAAAGAGUUACUGUAUAUUACAGUCAAGAAAGUUGUAUACCAUUUAAAUUUAACAGGAAUAGAUGUAUGGACCUGACAGGUAUUGCUGCCUAAAUAUUUUGCAGGAAUGCUUGUACAGUAAGAGGAGAGUUAUAAAAAAUAUAUUAUUUCAGUCCCUGCAGUCAUUUUGAAGUAAUGGCCAUUUGUAUUGGUGCUAAUACUGAUCCACAGAUUCCAUUUGGAUCUUUUAAAUUUCCUGGUUUUAGGUAAUAGAUAAAUUCAGUUGAAUUCACAAAAUAAUAGAAGAUUAGUGACACCAAUCAAACCAAUCAUUUCAAAACAAAACAUUUAAAUCCUGCUGACUGAGAGUGUAUGUAUCUGUGUAAUGUACAUAUAAAUAUAUAUUAUAUAUUAGAUAUAUAAUAUAUAUGAAGUUAUAAAAUAUGGAAUCUUUAUUUUAAAUUACUGAAUGUAUCUUACAGGGCCGUGGGAGAGGGAUGUAUGUGUAUCUAGUAACUUCAAGAUCCCUUUUGAAAUGAAAAUUAAAUUUUUUUUGAAAGUUCA